UCCACUAGCACAUGCACAGACCAGCCACACCUCCACUAAAUAAAACAUUUACUACCAGCCCACGCCGUUUCGCCACAGCAUCAAAUUGAUUUGUUCUCCCGUCGACGCCUGUUCAGGACCACAACCAUCGCCGCCAUCCUCGUCGCAACGACUGUUAGUCCGCACUUUGGUGCCACCAUAAAACAUGGGUUCCAGCGACCUUAACCUGAAGAAGAGCUGGCACGUUGGCAGAGCUGCCAACAUCUCGGCCAUCGCCAAAGCUGAGGCGGAUGCGAUAGCCGAGAGGAAGAAGCUCGCUCUACGACUAAAUGAAAUAAAAGAAGAGAGAAAGAAGGAGGAGAUUCAGAAGCAACUGGCCGCAGCCGGUGGGAAGCCUGUCACACAGAGAGUCGAAUGGAUGUACUCGGGCGGUCCAGGUGAUGGCCAGAAUGGAGAUUCGGCCGCCAACGAAGCCUUCCUCCUGGGAAAGCGCACGCUAGACAAGCUAUUAGUCUCACAAGACAACGAGGCCAAGGAGCUACAGAAGCAGGCGAGCCAUGACAGCCUCACGCCUGCCCAGACUGUCAACACCGCCCGGGACACAGCAUCUAAGAUCCGAGAAGAUCCGCUCCUCGCCAUACGGCGCCAAGAGGCGGAGGCCUACGGUGCCAUGAUGAACGACCCUAUAAAGAGACGGCAGCUCCUGGCCUCGAUGGGCAUCGACGAUCCAAUGGCCAAGUCGAAGAGCAAGGAGGAAAGGCGACAUAAACACAGACAUCACCAUCGGCGUCGCCAUCGCGAUGACGACGAGGACGACGAGGAGCGGUCGCGCAAGAGGAGGAGGUCGGGUUCUCGUUCUCGAGAUCGGUCAAGGACGCCGAGGCGGUACGAGUCAGAAGACGAGGAUACGCGCAGAAGGAGAAGACGCUCGCCAGCCGAGAAGCGGUCCCACUCCAGCAGCAGAAACUAUCGGGAUAAGCGGGACAGCCGCCCGAGAGAGAAAAGCAGCUCUCGCUCUCCUCCCCGCAGGCGUCGAGAUGACUCACGUGACCGAUACGAUGGGCGUCGCGAUAAUUACCGAGAGGAGCGAAACGACACUUCCAGCCGGCGUCCCAGAGAUUACAAUGGGCAAGACAGGCCGAGAUACAAUCAAGACAGGCCGAGAUAUAAUGGCAAGAGAUCUAGCGAUAGCCAGGGCAGAAAAGAGCAAGAUGGAGACGAGCGGGCUCGAAAGUUGGCCGCCAUGCAAGCAGCUGCGUCAGAUCUCGACAAGGAGCGCGAGCUUCGCCUAGCUGCUCUGGAGGACACGGAGAAAGCGGCUCGCGAGGCCGAGGACAAGGCCCGUCAACGGUCCAAAAAGCUUGGAGGAGACAGGCAUUUCGUGAACAGCCUCCAUCACAAAGCCAGCGAGAUAAAUCUAGCGGAACGCAUUGGCCGGGGAAGGCAAGGGCUGCAGCGUGACGAAGCUUAGCAGAGUGGCAUGCUCUGUUGGGGAUGGAAAAUCGGAAAUAUGCUGCUCUCCAGAUAGAGCACGGAACGGAGGAGGAUGGCGUCGGGCAAUGGGACUACGUGGUAUAAUAUGAAUGCUUAUGCUGAUUUCUGGCUCGGCUGUCGAACCCCCGCUUGUU